GCAACGAGGCUCCAAAUUUAAAUCAACGCAGCCUCACGCCGCCGACGAGCGCGAGGGGCGGAGCCUGCCCGGCGUGAGCGGGGGACGCGUGGUGUGAUUGCCCGGGAGAGAGGCUGGCGCUCCAGUUCCGGGUCAGGCCCUUCUCCCGCCUCCCUCGGCCUCCGCCAUGGCGAGCAGCAGCGGCGCCGGGGCGGCGGCGGCAGCGGCGGCGAACCUCAACGCGGUGAGGGAGACCAUGGACGUUCUGCUGGAAAUUUCAAGAAUUCUGAAUACUGGCUUAGAUAUGGAAACUUUGUCUAUUUGUGUACGGCUUUGUGAACAAGGAAUUAACCCAGAAGCUUUAUCAUCGGUUAUUAAGGAACUUCGCAAGGCCACUGAAGCACUAAAGGCUGCUGAAAAUACGACAAGCUGACUUUCUGGAGAAAUCCUGAUGAGAUAUGUCAAGCUCUUCAGGAGGAUUUGAAGAUUGCAUUGUAGUCAAGAAUGUACAGUGAAAUUACUGCAUGCAGCAGUGUAGAAACAUUUUCCUUUUUAAAAGAAUUAUAAAACCAUAGCUUUAUAAAUCAGUGGAAAAUGGCUUACAGAGAGAACUAUCAGAUGUGUUUACAUCACAUCUUACUUUUUUUUUAACAGCUCUAAUGCAUUGGCAUUGCUGUAUUCAUAUUUAUGUAUUCCUUAUUUAUAGCUCUGAUAGCUUUAAUUUUCUAAGCAGUCUGUCUAUCAGAUGUGCACAUCUGCUGUGCCUGGUUGAAGUAUAGUGGAACCCAUCAGAAGUAAUGUAGUAGUUAUGACUUGUUGACAUUUCCAUUAUAAAAUUUAAUUUUGAAUUGUUUAUGCAAAAUAACCAUAGAUUUGUGUUGUAUUGGGCUAAAAGUUGACAGAAUUUCAGCCACCAUUUAUGAAUUUUGAUUUAGACUUACAACAUAUCAGAAUCUGUUAUAAGAGCACAGAAAUUUGAAAUGAUUUGUUCUAAUCUGCUCUUCUUUAACACAGAAUAUUUAGUUUUUUAAACAUAAAAGUUUAUCUGUCACUUAGCAGUAUGAACCAGAUUGUUUUUGCAUUGAUUACAAAAUAAAACUUAGAAACUUAGAUUUAAAAGUGGUAGUGCUUAGUAUUGUCAUUUGAAUGAAUCAUUUAAAUUUAAUGAAAAUAUUGACAAUAUUUUUCUUUGAGUUUUAUACUCUACAUAUGACAACCUAAAAAAAAAAACACACAUAAUGAAACAUUUCUGACAUGCAAAAUUCUUUGAAGUUUAUUACAUAAAAAUAGUUUGAGUGCUUAUCUAAUAAAUCCCUAAAUAGGAAAUCUGUUUCAACAAAUACGAUAUUUUCUGAAAGAAUAAAUUUCCAGCCAUUAAACAAAAGCUAAAUAAUCAAGUGUUCUGUAUCAGGAAUUAUAAGUAUUCCUUUCUAAGGACACUUUGUCAUUAUUUUUUCCCUGAAAGUUUUAACUAAUCAAAGUGGUGGUUCAAAGUAAAUUUUAGAAAAUGUAGGAUAGUGUUAAAUCUGUUCCUGUAGCAGAAUCUUAUUGGAAUAUUUUUCCCAAGGCUGAUAGGAUUUUAAUCUGAUUUUAUUUUAGAUUUUGUUAGCUUCCAUUUAAAUGAUAGUAUAAGCAUUUACUCUUUAGCAGCAUUUUUUUGUUCUUCAGACAAAUUAGCACUAAUAUUUAAGUGACAACCUUCUGCACUAUUAUAAAAAUCUAGUCUUGAUUAUUUUGACUGUAAGCACCUAGAAUCUUUACCAAGGGCACUAGAAAGGUGUAUUAUUGGCAGACUUGGUUGGGAAACAAUAACGACUUGUGAUAAGUCAUUUAUUUGAUAGUAAACACUGCAGAUCCUGCAUGUUGUUACUCAUAAAAUCAUAAAGACAUUUUUGUCAAGCUCCAAAAUCGGUAUAUACUCUUAGGCCACAAGAGUUAAUAGUUUUAUUUAUGGUUUUGUAGAUUAAGUUAUUUAUGUUUGAUACAGAGCAGGAAAAUAUAUUGAGAAGGCCUAUGGUUACAGAGAACUUCUUUAAGUGUUACAUUUAAAUGUAAACAUAUAUUUUUAAUGCAUACUUAAGUACUAUUUAACAAAAUCAAAACAAAUUGUAAUGAUACAAUUGGCAGUGUUAUGCAUGUUGUCAGUGACAGAAAUAAAACCAUUUUGGUGAUA